AUGAGUCAACCGCCUACCAAUCCUCAAGAUGAUGCCGACCGAAUCAGGUUGAAGCGCCUCGCGAAACUCCAGUCAUCUGCCGCGAGUUCGCCAUCUCCCUCUCCCGGUCCUGAAUCUUCAUCAGCCUCCUCGGGUAUCCAGCCCAAGCCGACUCCGAAGCCCGUAUCUAGUACGACUCCUAAGCGUGUACAGGACCCAGCUCCAUCAUCAGCCGUGCCUUUGAAGAAAAAGCCACCGCAGACCUACCUGAAGCUGGACGUGCCAGCAUGGGAACAUGACACGAUCGGUGCCGUUUUGAAAGUCACCUUGGAUAAAGGCGUCGCGGAGAAGAGCGGCUGGGAGACAGUGUGGCUCAAGCAUCUUGCCAACGAAUUGGAAUCCGAAGGGCUUGCUCCGCCAUUCCAUUUGAACACAGAUUUGAUAGAUCGCCUGCUCAUCGCCAGACUGGAUAUUGAUCCUCAGGCGAUGUCAGAUGACAUGGAAUACUUGUCGGUUCUUGCGUCUCUUCCCGCACAACAAACCGUGUUCGAGUAUCUUGUUGGAUGUUGGAAGCGGUUGAAUGCUGCCAGUGAUGCUCUGAAGAAGAAGGUUGGGUACUCUGCAUCCGAAGUGCAGCAAGUGCUCCCCACCCUGGACAAACUGCGAGACCUCCUUGUGAGCUACGCGGGCUUGACAUUGCAGGAGCCAAACAUGUUCCCGCAACCGGAAGGGAAACAGCUGGGUCCCCACGAACUCACCGCGUCACUGGUAUCGAUGUCAGCGCUCUCGGCCCCUCUGCUAUCGACAUCAACGUCUCCCGAAGUGCUAGGUCCGGGUGAAGUGGUUCAUUUCUUACAAGAUAUGGCGAAUCGCUUCGAUGAUCCCAGCGAACUGGCGGAUGUGUUGGGACCCGUCGUGCGGACGAUGCUCCUGACACACCCUUCGCUCUGGCGUCCGGAAGGUCUAGCCGGGGCGGACAACGCCUGGCGCGGGAUCCUGGCCGGUUUGGAGGCCCUUGUUGCCAUCAAGCCGAUCGCGACCAUGAUCACACAGUUGCCCGAAUGGAAUCCUCCCCAUGCGAAUGCCCACAAUUUCGAGCAUCUCAGCCUCAUGGGUCCUCUCCUGCGCUUGGGUGUCUUUGGCCGAGAAUGGCCUUACGUUGGAGCUACUUACUUUGCCAAUCCUGAGAAGCGCCUGAAGAGCGAGAUAGAUUCGUUCUUCGCCAGCUUGCGAGGAACGUUGAAGACUCUUCAGUCCACUCUUUUCCAAGUGUUCAAUCAGGUCGUUCGAGCUUCGCCACAGGCAAGGGAGGCGGUUUUGCAGUACUUUGCUCGUGCUGUUUCUUUGAAUGUGAAACGCACAGGUUUACAGGUCGACCCUGCUACAGUCGCGACCGAUUCCUUCAUGGUUAAUCUGCAAGAUAUACUGUUCCGCUUCGCUGAGCCGUUCAUGGAUGCGAACUACACGAAGGUGGACAAGAUUGAUCCUCAAUAUUUCGCCCACUCUUCCAGAGUAGACCUGAAAGAGACAACUCGCAUCAAGGCAACUAGUGAAGAAGCUAAUCGAUGGGCGGAAGAUAAUCGAGACCCUUCGGCCACUGCGCCGAACUUCAUAUCGGACAUCUUCUACCUUUGUGCUGCGCUUUUCAACUGCGGAUACCUACCAACCAUCAAUGUGUUCGAAGACAUGGGAAAACAUUACGAUGACCUGCGGAGACACAUUGAGACACUGCAAGGCGACGGGUCAUGGAUGGGCUCAUCCCUGCAAGCUCGCGUCGAGGCUGCCAUCAACACUGUGAAGGCUCAACAAUCCAAGCUACACACGCAAAUGUUGACCUUGCAAAUACAAUUGGAGGAUCCGGAGUUUAUGCUCCGUUCCUUGACCUUCGUCAAUUUCGUUUCAACAUGGAUCAUACGAUUUGUCGAUCCGAAGCACCGUCAUCCGACACCCCUUGUUGAGCUACCGCUACCAAAGGAUGUGCCGCUGGCAUUCAGAGUGUUGCCCGAGUACAUGAUUGAAGAUGUUAUCGAAUAUAUGGUCUUCGUCACACGUCAUUCUGCGGGGACUGUCGAACUCACGGGGAAAACAGAACUGACGAUAUUCUGCUUGACUUUCCUUACGUCGACAUGGUAUAUCCAAAAUCCGUUCCUGAAAGCUAAGCUCGUCGAGGUCUUGUUCAUGGGUGUCUAUGGCCAAGGACCGGAUCGCAAAGGGCCACUGACCGCAACCCUCAACUCGCACCCAGUGGCCCUGAAACAUCUUAUGUCUGCCUUGACCCACUUCUAUUGCGAGGUCGAGCAGACCGGCGCGAGUUCGCAAUUCUAUGAUAAAUUCAAUUCCAGACGCAAUAUCGCGUACAUCCUGAAGGUCGUGUGGAAUAACCCUGAUCACCGGAAAGCUUUACAAACCGAGGCACGGAACGUUGAAAAGUUCGUGCGAUUCGUGAAUCUGAUGAUUAACGAUGUCACGUACUUGAUGGACGAAUCGCUCGCGGAUUUGGCGAAGAUCCAUAAUAUCCAAACUGAGAUGGAGAACAGGGCUGUCUGGGAGUCCCAAUCAAUGCAGUAUCGGAAGGAGAAAGAGCAAGAGUUGCGUACGCUCGAGCGCAUGGCCUCCGGCUAUUGUUCGUUGGGGAAGAGCACGGUGAAUCUGCUGAAGAUUUUCACUGCGGAGACCAAGGCACCGUUCAUGCUUCCAGAAAUUGUCGACAGGCUGGCAGCUAUGCUCGACUACAACCUUGACGCGCUCGUUGGUCCCAAGUGCACUGAGUUGAAGGUCAAGGAUGCAGAGAAGUACAGCUUCGACCCGCGAGUGUUGUUAUCGGAUAUUCUGCAGGUGUACUUGAACCUAUCGGACCAGGGCGAGUUCGCUAGGGCAGUGGCCAACGACGGGAGGAGUUACAAGAAGGAGCUCUUCGAGAGAGCGGCGGCGAUUGCAAGAAAACGAGCGCUGAAAACGGAUCCGGAAAUCGAACAACUGAGGUUGUUUGUCGUUAAGGUCGAGGAGACUAAGGCCACACUAGAGGCCGAAGAUGACCUAGGAGAAAUCCCUGAUGAGUACCUGGACCCACUCAUGUUCACUCUGAUGCGAGAUCCCGUCACAUUGCCUUCUUCGCGUGUUGUGAUCGACCGGUCUACGAUCAAGUCACAUUUGCUCUCAGACACUAAGGACCCAUUCAACCGACAACCGUUGAAGAUUGAGGAAGUGAUUCCAAAUGUUGAACUGAAGGCCAAGAUCGACGCGUUCCUGCACGAACGCAAGAACAAGAACACCGCUUUGGAUAUUCCAGAGGGCGACGUUGUGAACAUGGACAUCACCAUUGACUGA